AAAUUCUCAUAACAAAAAAUUUUCUAUUGAAACAAUAAAACGGAAAUUAUUCUCAAACAAAAUUCUCACCAAAAUUUUGUUUACAUCUGAACAAUCUAAAGGAAAAUAUUAUCAAAAAAAAUUCUCUCAAAAAUUUUGUUUCUAUCUGAACAAUCAAAAGGAAAAUAUUCUCAAAAAGAUGACUAAGUGUAUAGUGACUGGUUGCCAAUCAAAACAAGUUAAGAAGAAACCUACUGGAAACAUAAGCCUCCACUGUUUCCCAAGAUCACCAAAAAGAAUUCGACAAUGGCUAAAGAACACCGGACAAAAAUUUGAUGACGUGGAAAAUAUAAUAAAAACAAUAAUGCAACCAAGGACUUCGAUAAACUAUAGAAUGUGUUCAGAACAUUUUAAUCUUGAAUGUUUUCAUAUGGUGGGUUCACGAAAAAAAUUAAAAAGUGAUGCUAUACCAACAAUUUUUUGUAAUGUUCAAUGUGUGGAUAAAAAUAUCAUAGAAAAUGAAGAUGCAAUACCAUCAACAUCAGUGAUACUUCCUCAUGAAAAUGUAGAUACACCAUUACAGGAAAUUGAUACAUCUCGGUAUACUGAUGCUGAUGACAAUUCGGUUGCUCCUGAUACUCCGUCUUGGUUGACUGAUCAUAGCUAUGCUACAGCAAUGUCUUCUGUGGAAAGCUAUCUUUCAACACAAGAAUCAAUCAAUCCAAUACGUAGUAUCAGUGACUGUGUAAAUAAAAAAAGGAAAUGUAUUGAAAUGACUUCAAGUUCGAAUGUUCAGGGACAAUUAUCUCAAAUAGUUAAUGAUCCAACUCUUUUAAUUUCCAAUAAAUCUUCAUUAACAUCUUCUAAGAGUAGUAUUACUAUUCAAAAAAAUUAA